CUGUGCCACUCGUUCUUGGUGGCAGACACGCUCGUUGCCGAGAGUGCGGCCAAAAUGUUUGAUUUUUGCAGCCAGUUUGCGCGGCAAGUCGAGGACGCAGCGCUCUCGUUUUACUUUCAUCUGCUCCGCCUACUCCUGUACCUGCGCCAAGGCCGCAUUGUCGACGCCAAAGCCUACCUCGCAACGAUGCCAAAGGCACCGAAGGAGAGCAACCCGUUCUGGUCGCUGUAUGCUGCCUUCAUGACGUUUCGGCUGCAGUGUUACUACGACCCGAACCAAGGCCUCGCCCUCGCGGCCAAGCAAAUGGCCCGCUGGCCGCCGUAUCUCGCGUCACCCGACUCGGCGGCCUACCUGCGCUACAGUGCGCUCGCGCUCUUCGAGACAUACGAAGUCGCGUGCGUUGUCUUGGACAGCCAAGGGCGGUUUGGCGAGCUCGCCGACCUCGCCACACGCCUCGUGGACCUCUGCACCACAUACCGACACAUUGUCGUGGCGACGCCACUCGUUGUCGCCCGCGUGCACAUUGUGCUGGCACGGUACGCCCACUCGCUCAAUGCGAUGGACGCGGCCGUAACGCACAUCAACUCGGCGUUCUCGCUUUUGUUGACCGAGACACCGGCGUGGCCGCAGCAGUCGGACGCGAGCUUGCUCGUGCUCAUGGACAUCCUCGACGUGGCAACCACGAUUGCGAUCGAUCCGCUGCCAGAGCUGGACCCCGCAGGUGCCAUCGUUGCCGACGCUUUGAACGACGAUGCGGUGUCAGAGAUUGCAAGUUUUUACCCGACGGAGAACCUUCUUGAAUUUGCCGCCGGCAUUUUGCGGGAUGCAGAGCUGCGCAAGCUCAUUUACGACGGCCCGUCCAAGGAAGUCCGCGCCAAGUACGACCUCUAUCUCGGCAAGUGGCUCUGGGCAAGCCAUGCUUUGGGCAUGACAGGGUCCUACCCGGAGCUGGACGGGCUUCGCAGCUUUGGCCUCUCGAUCCUCCAAGACUGCCUUACACUCGCAAGCACGACCAUCAACUGCAGCAAUACGACCGCGGCCAUCAUGGUGCUCUUUGGCCCCAAGCUCGCAACGAGCGGCAAGGUUGACGAGGGCGAGCGCACGCUCACGGACGCGCUCAAGAUUGCGAUCCACACGAAGAACGUGCGGCUCCAGCUACAGAUUAUGGUCGAAGUGCACGCGUCCUGCGCGCGCAAGUACCAAGCCAAGCCACAGUCGGUCAUCGCUGACAAGUACAAGAAGAAGCUCGCGUCGUAUUCGCGGAAGGUGCUCCGCGCGCAGUAUGGCUCGGAGGCCUACCGCCGCCUCCUCAAGUGGACGCUGCCGAAAGAGCCAACAACGAGCGACGCUUAA